AUGGCAAAGAUAAACUCCAAUGUGAUUAUUGUGGAAAAUUUGGAUAUGCCCAAGAAAGUUGUUGGUUUUUGCUAUGCUGUCUCCACAUCUAUUCCUUCCACCAUUUCAUCGUGGGUCAUUGACUCUGGUGCCACUAACCACAUGACUGAAGGAGGGCCAUCUGUGGCUCCAACCCCAAAGAAAUCUUAUGCCAAAGUUGUCGGCAACACCUUUCCGGAGGUAAGUGAACUCCCUGAUCCAGUUCAUGCUGGGAAUUCCACCAAGGUGAUAAUCCCACAAGAUGCAUACGAAGAUCGGCUUGGGAGAUACAGAUAUUCCUUAAUUGGUAGAACCAACUUCCGAAAUAUUUCUUUGGAUGAUGUUCGAAGGGAGGCUAUCAAGUCUUGGGAUCUGAAGGGAAUUGUGAAGAUGGUGCCCAUGAGCAAGGGUUAUACCAUCUUUCAAUUUCAUUCUGAGAGCGAUAUGGUUUCAAUGUGGAGGAGGAGCCCUAUGAAGGUUAGAGGUCAGUUGGUGCGCUUCCAGCGGUGGCUCCCUAAUUUCAAUAUUCAUGAAAAACCUGUUAACAAGGCUCUCGUUUGGGUGCAAUUUCCAGACUUGUCCCUGGAGUACUGGCAUGAAAAAGUGUUGUUGACCAUGGCAAAAGCUGCUGGCCGCCCUCUUGCUCUUGACCAACGCACAAAAAAUAUCAUGUACAGGAAUUAUGCUCAUGUCCUCGUCGAGAUAGAGAUCGGGGGCCUGUGGCCAGAGGAGAUUCAGGUUGAACGUAUGCAAUCCGGGACUAACAACCUAUUCUGGUUCAAGCGAAAAUUAUUUUAUGAGGAUUCUAUGGGGAAGUGCAGUUUUUGUAAGAAAGAAGGACACACCAUUGGAGACUACAGAGAAAAAAAUUAG